AAAUCGCCUCUUUCCAUUUUGAUUUCAUAUCAUUUAUAUUUAUGUAAAUGAAAACUUGAUUAUAUUCUUGCUAGUUUCUCAUUAAGAUUUAAAUAAUCGACACUUUUGUAAACCUUUAAACAAUAUUCUAAUUCUUGACAAAUUCUUUUCAUACUACAUCCCAAAACUAGCAAUGACUUCCCACAUAGAGAUGAGUUUGGAUGAUAUAAUACAAAAAAAUAAAAGAGAAACUUUCAGGUAUAAAGGCAAAAUAAAAAAACAACCUCUCCAAAAGCAAAUGCCUGCUCAAAAGCUUGAUAUAGUCGAUGCUCGUAAUAAAAUCAUAUCCAGGAAAAGAAUACAAAUAACAGAUGCCAGAGAGAAGUUAGCAGAACUAGCAAGGCAAAAAGAUGCUCGUUUGAAAUUGCAACACUUGAGAGAAAAAAGGCUUGCAAUAUCUAAAGUUAAGGAUAGAAAGGGCUUUCAAGGUCGAGAUAUAUUUCUGAAAACCAGGAAUGAAAGAGUUUUUAUUGAUCCAUCUAGACAAGUAACAUCACAACCUCUUAAAAGUGUUAAAAACAUGAGACGACAAACACAAAACAAUAAUAACAGAAGAUUCAUGAACAAUACAACUUUUGGAUCUCAUUCAAUAGUUAAUACUGCAGCAUUAAAACCUAUAGUAAGAACAGUCGAAAAUGAUAUUGAAAUCAUUGAUGAGGAAAUGCCAUUAUCAAAGCACAAGACUAAUUUGCAUUUCAAAAUAAUUGCUCAUAACUAUGACCAUAAAAGGAGCGCUGUUCAGAGAACAGCUAUUGUUGAGAAAGAGGCAAGCCCGCCUAGGCCGCCAUCUAUACUUAAAAAACGACCAAUGGCUGCUUUACGAACUGAGAAAAAAGAGGAUAAAGCUGAGAAACCUGUUCUGGAAUACAGAAUAAUAGUCAGUAAUUUACGAAAUACUGUUACAGGUGGGGAUAUUGAGGAAUUGUUUGGUGAUGUGGGUGGGAUGUUAGAAUCUCGUCUGGUUCGUGCCGGCACAGCUGAAGUUAUUUAUAAUAGCUUAGAAGAUGCCCAAAAAGCAGUUGAUUUGUAUCAUAAUCGUCAACUAGACGGCCAGCCAAUGAAUUGCCUGCUUGUAACGCCAAGAUCAACGUCUGCAACAUCAAGGACCAGUACUAAGCCAGCAUUGUACAGCACAAAUUCUAAUGUGGAACCUGAUUUGUUAACGUUCCACAAAGUUAUGUUCAGCAAUUUUACUUAAUUUAGUACUAUGGUCAUGAAUUUAAAAAAAAAACAAGUUUGAGAAUACCAUGAUAUUUGAUUACUCAUUAAAUAUAAUCUAAAACAUUG